UCCGGUGGUUUUUGCAAGAGAACUGAGUCGGAGCGGGGAAACCCGGCGGGAUUCUGUUGUUGGAGAAGCAAAUGCGAAUAGCCGGGUGAGGAAGUCUUCAAAUCAAGGGACGCAACUGACCACAGAACUGGUCAAUAUGACACGAGUAUCGCAUGGGGCGUACAACUUCAGUGACAACCGUAGAAGGUGAAGUAGCUCCGUCCUCGGAGGAAAUGUUCAAGUGCAGCACUGGAACAGCUGAACCUCUGAAAUUUGAACCGGUUAAAUAACCAUCCACCGGGCAUUGGAUCCUGAAUGAACAUGCACCAUAGCACUACUCUACCUUUGGAUACAGUACAUUCCACAGAUGCGUGAGCCAAAGGAGAGAUGGCAAGAAACGAAAAGAAAUUCAGCCGGGACUGCAGUGCAACAGCAAUCCAGUGAGCCAAAGGAGAGAAUCCCCCUGAGUCCCUCCCCUCCCAACUCCCACAACCCUUCACCACCAUGACCACUGAACUAGGUAGCAGCCUGACCUCCAUGGACUGGCUUCCCCAGCUCACCAUGCGGGCGGCCAUCCAGAAGUCCGACUCAGGGCACCACCACCACGGGCAUCAUGGCCACGGGCCGGGCAAGAAGAGCACCCCGCUGGACCCGGGCACAACACUGGACCAGGAGGAGGCGGCCCAGCACCGGGACGGCAAGCCACCCUAUAGCUACGCCAGCCUCAUCACCUUCGCCAUUAAUGGCUCGCCACACAAGAGGAUGACCCUCAGCGAGAUCUACCAAUGGAUCUGUGACAACUUCCCCUACUACUGGGAGGCAGGCAGCGGCUGGAAGAACUCAAUACGGCAUAAUCUGUCCCUGAACAAGUGUUUUCUCAAAGUGCCUCGCUCUAAAGAUGACCCUGGAAAAAAGAAUGAGGAAAACCAAUGGAAAGCGGAAUUGUUUGAGGAUUUCUGGAGGAAAGACAGUACAGGCUGUGAUAAGAAGAAAAACAACAACAAACAAAAGCACAUAAAGGGUUCCUACUGGGCUAUAGACACCAACCGUAAAGAGGACACACUUCCCACCAGGCCAAAGAAGAGGCCACACUCUGGAGAAAGGGCGUACAGCCUAGAAUCGGAGACCCUGCGAAUGGACUGUAUAAUGUACGGAGAUGCCUCUCCCACUCUGGCAAUCAACACAGUAACUAACAAGGUAGCGUUGUACAAGACAGAGAAUAAGGGCAGCGAUAGCCCCCGGAGCAGCCUCAAUAACAGCCUCUCAGACCAGAGCCUUGCCCCCGUCAACCUCAACAGCAUGCACCGCUACACACCGGUCAGUAGUAACUUGGAGCCCUCCCAGUCUCUGAGUCUACAGCAGCCUCCUCCCCCUCCCUCUCCUCCUCCCCAACCCCAGUGCAGUGUGGCCGAGCAGGACAAGCAGCUCCUCUUCUCUGAUUUCGAGGACCUCAGUGUCUCGUUCCAAAACCUCUAUAAGUCUGUCUUUCAGCAGUCCUUCAGCCAGCAAGGUAUCACGGGUAUGCCCCCUGAAUUGAGCCAGCAGCCGCGGACGUCGUGCUCCUAUCAGCACUCCCCCUGUGUGGGCAGCAGCAACAGUGCCCACAGCCACCAAAACAACCACGGUCACGUUCAUAACCACCACCACCCGCCUCUCUCACAGCACCUCUCUCCGCACUUGACUCACAACCAACAUCAACCUCAUCCGAACACUCAACAUGGGCAGCACCCUCAACACAGCCAGCACCCCAACAGUGGGCAGCAGUCCCAGCACCAUACUGGCCAGCCACCACAGAUAACCUGCACGAACACAUGUCUGUCUGCCAACUGGUACCCCAACCUGGACUGGCUGAAGGAGAGCUGUCGCAUUGCCAGCAGCUACAAUUGGGCUGACGUGGACCUCUCUCCAUUCCAAGGACUGAAGGAGAGCAUGAGGCAGGCGGAGCUGAACAACUGGUCCCUGGACCUGGCCCAGAUAGCAGACCUAUGCUCCUCCAUCAACCAGUUCUUCACACGCACCGGGAUCAUCCCACCACAGGGGCCACCCAUGCCCACCUGCCACAACCCCAUGCACACCAGCAAGCCCAGCCAGCACAUCAACACGGGUAAUCUGUACAUGGACUCCAGACAGAACAUGUCUUCAAUGAUGGGACCCCCGGGUUACCCCCACAUGCCCCCCAUGAGCAAUGCAGGCUCCACGGUGACAGGGCACCAUGACCAGAUGAACCAGCAGCACAUGAUGCCACCCGGGCACUACCAGAUGAGGAGGCUGCCCACCAACGACAUCCAGGACGACUUUGACUGGGACGCCAUCAUUUAGGAUCUCCCUGGAGAGAGGAAGAAAAGGAGGGAUAGGGAGAGGACGUGAAAAGAGUGGAAACGACCACCUGCCCAGAAAAAAGACAUUCCAGAAGAGGAAUAUCAAUCCCAUGAUCUUGGUCUUUUUAUACGAGAGUAUAGAGAGUGACUUUGACGACAAUCAUACACAGAGGGAGUCAAGUCAACGUUUGCCAGUCGACAAUUUGGAUGGUCACAUUCGAGAAACAAACUUUUGGAAUGGUUUCAUCUCAAUGUUCCGAGUGCCAACAGUUUUACAAGUGUCGGUGAAGUAUAUAUUUUUGUAUUCAUGCUUCUAUUCUCGUUUCUUUCCACUGAAAGCUGACAGUGGAAGCUAGGGUUUGUGACUCACAAUAACUUUUUUUCAAGGGAUGACCGCCUGCCACAACUGAAAGGAAUGGGCGUGGAUGAAAAAGAUAGUGCCAUUAUACAUAUGAACAAGACUUGCCUCAAAGUGAUACAUUUUUGUUCCAUCGCUACACAAACAUCUGGCAUCUUGCCAGUUAGUCCGGACAGUAUUGCAACUCCUUGUCCCUCAAUGUAGCACCCCUCACCUAUCUGACAGGAGUGAUCCAUGGAAUGAUACUUUUGCCACUUCCAAGAAAUAAAGUUAGUUUGAAAUUUGAUAAGGGAAGACCAGAUAAGGAUGCUCAUUCCAACAAGUGUCUGAUCUCUUUGACUGACUCAAACAAUGCCAACUGUAUGGAAUUGAGCACCAUCUUGUGGUUGCAGGCUUAUAUUGCAGAGGGAAUUGACCAUAUUUGGUCAGAGGAGAAAUCACAUUGCACCAGAUGUCGGUUCAAAUGCUUUUUUGAAAUCAUUCAAAUUCUUUGAGCAUUUGUUUCAGCCCGCCUUGAGUGCCAGAUGGGCGGGGCUUGCACUUUAAGGACGGUUCUAUUGGUUCCAUCGCAAAAGGCAUGCUCAAUCAAGCACAGCUGAAGUUUUAUUAUAUGAUUUGAAUCCAUGUAUGAAUUGCACCCUUAUAUUUUUAUUUUUUAUCCUUAAUGUCUACGUAACUUGCUUUAACUUUCAAUGGUUUGAUGAACAAAACUCUUCCACCGUAGCGUUUAUUUUGUGUUUUGUAUGUCACCACUUAAAUCUGUGCUCAUGAAAAAAAUUGUGACGCUGGGCCAAUGCUAUGUAUGUAUCGCCUGUCAAUCCCUUACUGGUGGUGUUAUGGUGUCUACAAUUUUAUCUAGCUCUGUGUCUGUGUGCGUGCAUGCGCCUUUGCCUGUGUGUGAGUGUGCAAGUAUGUGUUAGCGUUCAUCAGGACUGUCCUGUUACUAGCUCCAUGGUACGAAGCCCUCCGGGUCCCUGUUUCCUGUUAUUUCAGAAUAAUGCAUAACCCCUAUUUCCUUUCUUAGCAUUACCAAAACGUCAAAGGUGAAAUGGGUAUGUGUGUAGUUUAAUGUACCUGUUGGCAGGUGCUUCGACAACUGUGGCGGAAAGGUACACCCAAUGAACUACGUUAUAAGCUAAAUUAAGUGAAAUAUUGUGGAUUUAGGACUUACAGUUUAUAGUAGACUCGUGUGCCAGGUGAACUGGUGAACGAGACUACUAUAACGUGACUUUAGUCUUUGGCCUGACAAUAAAUAACAUGUAGUCCUCCUGUUCAAAAUGAUCACAUGGUUACAGAUUGGCUACAUUCCGAUUCUCCCGAAGUGUGCAAUCGUAUCCUUGAAUUGCCCUUCAUAGAUUUAAAAGGAAUUAACUUGCACCAAUCCAGUUAUGAAAUACAUGUGGGGGGGUGAAUGAGUGUACACUUUUGGAGGGUAGAGAAUCCGAAUGGACGGGGACACAGAUGAUUCCAAGGUGCCUAGUCAUAGGAUGGGAGCGGGUAAGCCGUGUACUGGGUACGGUAGCAUCAAGUAGAGAAAAUGGUUAGACUGAUGGGCCUAACCUGUCCCUAUCUUCUGGGGGGAAAAAAUGUAAAAAGAGCUCAGUGAGGGAAAGAGUGUGGUGGACAAUGCAGUAGAAACAAUAAAUGAUCUAAUGAGCUGCA